UGACAAACAACGACUCUCUAACAAACAACCACUGCAUCACCCAUCAUGUCCACCAUGACUGCCGACGACUUUCGGCGUAUCCGUGACGUCGCUACAGGCGAUAUCCACAGGACGCAGGAAAUUCUCGAGACUGAACUGUCCGUUGAUGAGGAUAUGGAGGCUUACACUGCAUGGGUGGUUGACAUGUGGCGUAAGGAACGUGAGGAGAGACAAGCGCAGAUGAAGGUUAUCGACGCGGACACUUAUCGCAAUGCGAUUGCAAGCACUAUCUACAUCAACAUUGAUCAGGUCGCUCAGCUAAACUCUGCCAUGAACUUGGGUUACUAUCCUCAGAUUCCUGUCGGCCACCUCAACGGCAUCGCUUUCCGCCUUGUCCCUAACACCACGCUCCUAGAACCUACCAAGGAGACCAACUACAAGGACACUCGUCACGUGUAUCCUUCCAUGUUUCUAGGAAUCAACAAGACCGUUCAUCCGUCGCAGCAGUCAUCGUCACCGAAACGAGGAAAGCGCAGCCGCAGGAACAACCAGACCGACGAAUCUACUCAAAGUGGCGACUCUGACAGCAAGAACGACGACACAGGUUUCGUGUUUUACCAGCUAGGUGCCCUCCAAUACACCCGCGGCUUGAAAGACCCCACCACAACCGACAUCGAGAAGAUCAAAGCCGCGGAGUGGUAUGACACGCACUACGUCCUCGUGGUUGUCAUCGGCGCAUCUGGUAAGGCGGAGGACGUGUACAUUCUGUACAACAUGCGGCCCGAGGACGAAGACGGAAAUCGCCGCCCUGUUGACCCCUCAUCCUGGGGAUUCCUGCCGGGCGACUAUUCGAGAGUGAAGCGAGCGGGGGCCAGAAUCGCGAGGAACUUUCUUCAUCUCGGCCCUGCCUUCAAGUGGGACUUGGUGAAUCCCAAGGACUUCACUACCGAAGAAGAGCAUCGGGCUACUCACAUCGAUGACGAAUAUGAGCUGGUGACCUGCGUUCGACUCGACUACCCCCAGAGGAUCAUCAGGCAGCAUGUGGUACCACCGAAGCUGGAGAAUGACGAUGAGAAGGAGCAAGAGCACUAUCACGAGCAAGGCUAUGUGCGAGACUACUUGUCGAGCUAUGGGUACAGCGAUGCAUUCGAGCAUGGGGGCAGGUCUGAUGACGAGUAUUCCAGCGUCUAGAUAGUCGGUGGGCAGGGCAAAAUGUUUGUCAUUGGGCAUCAUCUGACUCUACCAACAGAAAACGAGGAAAGACGCUCGAGAAAUUUACCAUCAACGGAACACAGAAGCGAUGCUUCAUUUCAGAAGCAGCAUGAAGUCACGGCGAUAAUCUGGAUAGUAGUAGCUUUACUUUGAUCUCGACCCUGGUUUUUAACCAUUGUAGAUCAUUUCAUUCCAGUAGUCAUUAAUCGAUAAUCAC